AGCAAGCAAGCUGGCACAUCCAUCCAUCAACCUUUCCAGCCAACAGAGUGAAUGGCCAUCCAUCCAUCCAUCCAUCUAUCUGCAAAACACCAUUAACUAAAACAUGUCUCCCUGUUUGACUGCCUGCCUGCCGGAGUCCAGCUGUUAUGAUAAAUGCAUGGAUCCACCCGAUCCACGAACGUACACAUAGAUAUGCAUGCAUUAGCUACACCUUGCCACGCUAGCUACGGCGCACGCGGGCGCCACUUACCACCCACCCCCACCCCACCUGCUUGCUCUACUCUACUUCCUUCCUUAUUAACACCCAUCCACCCACCCGUCGAACGAACCACCAAGCAACCAAACAGACAAUGAAUACACUGACUACAUGGCAUGCACAUGAUGUGAUUGAUGCAUACCGAACACUUGCUUGCAAAAGACCAGACCCCGCCCACACGACUCACCCUAGGGCCCAAGCGCCCCCCACUACACUACCCCCUUCGCCGCUUGAUGCCUGUGUGUCGCUGCCCGUCCAUCGACCGCUUGAAGCCGCCGUCCUGUGUCCGCUUCUUCUUGCGUGACACUGAUGCGGCAGCGGAGGGGCCGCGACACGCUCGGACCGGUCGAGGGCUGCAAUACCAGCACUGAGGUACAGAUGCAGCCAGCCCCACAUCGGACGGGGGAUGGAUGGAUGGAUGUGGAGUGAUGCUUCCUCACCUACCUUGAGGAUGUUCUCGCAUCGGGCUAUCUGCUCAGCGAUGCUUGCUCUCGCCAUCCGUGUGAGCGCAAUCAGAGAAAGGGCCGGCCCACUGCAACACAGACACACACACACACACACACAAACACAUUGCCCGGCGUGGGCCAUUCAUUAGUCACGACUGCGUCCUCCAUCUGGGUCACAUACCUCUGCUCAUCGCCGCCGCCCGAUGACACGUGUGUGUCGGUGUCGACGAGCAUUUCAUGAGUGAGGUGCAGCCGGCUCGAAGCGUCAGGCUUGAUGUAGAUGUAUGCCGUGUGCCGCUCGCCCGACCCGAGCAUCGUCAUGGGGCAGCGACGGGCCAGCUCGCCACACAAACCAAAACUGGACACCAGAUCUGACCGAUGAACACAGACACCACACCCACAUACACACGAGAGAGAGAGAGAGAGAGAGAGAGAGAGACGCCGCGGCGUGUGCACCGCACUUAAUUACUCGGUCGGUAUGACACGUAGACGAUGGCGGUCUGUGCGCUGUUGAAUAGCUACACAAAGCAGCGGAUCAUCCACUGGGGCAUUGCCAGGUCGAAGCUCACAACGUGGGAGACCGGCUCGAGCGACGUCAGCUCAGUGGCAUCGCGAUUCAUGAAGGCCACGCGCGCAGCAGCGGGCACACCAGUGGUGGUCGGCGUGGCGUCUCCAGAGGACUCCUGAGAAGACAAUAGAUGGAAUAGCAGGGGGGGAAUCACUGGUAGUCACUGCGUACCAGGUGUCGCUUCGCCUUGUGGAGGAUGCCCAGCAGGUGUCUGGUCGCAAGCAUGUAGCUGUUGGUGUCGACCUCAACGCCGACUGUGUGCACACACAACACACGCACACAAACAAGGGGUCACAGAUCAAUCUCCCUUGGAUGGCAUCCAUGUGUGUGCCGUGCCGUGCCGUGCCGUCUCACUCCUUCACUCCUUCAUUCACUCACUCACUCACUCGAUGCCGCGAUUCUGAAGUGGCUGGCUGCAACGAUGUUCGGGAUGCCGCGCCCAGAGCCGAUGUCCAGCAGCACAGAGUCCUUCAGGAUAAGCAUAGCAACCAACACACAAGCAACCAUGUAUCGUCAGUCACGCCACACCAUUGCCACUGCCCUGCCCUGCCCUGCCCUGCGACGCUCACCUCGCCCAUCUGGAACUCCGUUCUGAGGAUCUUGAGCAGGCGGAGCAGACUGCCCUCACUGUUCUCGCCAUACAUCCCUGAAUCAACAUGGAUGGCACAACAAAAUUGCAAUGAGUGAGUUAGCCACAAGCAAUUGCAUGAUGCUGGUCUGCGGGGGCUGAUACCUUACCUUCGUCAGACGUCAUGAUUCUGGACGCUUCCCCACAGAAGAGCUCCUUGUGAUCAUACAAGGGGGCAUCCGGACCGCAAUGCAGACUUGGGCCCACACACCCAGCCGCCGGCAUCUUGGUGCGGGUGAAACGCCGCAGCAAAGGGGUGUGCACAAGGGUGCUUCUCCAGUGGCUAUGAGAGGGACGAACAAAAGGAAGAAAAAGAAGGAAAUGAGCUGCAGUUGCCGACAGUGAUGGUGGUUCGUGAAGCUCACUUCAGGCAACGUCCGCACGACAGGGACGAACGUCAAAUGAUGAGUCGAAGAG